AUGUCUCAAACUACUCUCAAUUUCAGCAGGCACAGCGAAGCCGCUGCACGUAUUUGGCUCUUGGAUUUAGCGGAGGUCCUGCCACCAACGGCUGAACUCCAUGGCUUCGACAUUUCGUCCGCUCAUUUCCCAACCAAGAGAGAACUUCCAGCAAAUAUCUUCCUAGACACGUUGGACGCCCUCGGCUCAGUGCCCGAACACCUCCACGGCCAAUAUGACGUAGUCCACUGCCGUGGGUUGAUGCUCUACAUCCAAGAGGGGGAUCCUAGCCGACUCAUUGCAAACUUGAGGUCAAUGCUAAGUAUGGCACCGCUCUAUGACGCAAAAACACUAAAACUAACUAUUGCUGAAGAACCGGGUGGAUUCCUCCAGUGGGAAGAACUUGAUGUUGUCAACAUGUACAUGCGGACUGACGAUGCAAGCAAGAGAUAUCCAAACUGCGCGAAAUACCUUGAGCAUGGAAAGAUAUGGCUUGAAAGCGUUGGAAUAAGAGGCAGGCAAGUGAUUUAA